AUGGCGUUAACCAUGAGAAUGCCGGAAUCAGCUCGACGACGGUCCUUAGCUGCUCCACGUCGUUCGACGAAACUUUUUUCAUUUGAUGAUAAUAAUGAAACAGAAAAUUCUUUUGACGAAAGUUUUACAGGACGAAGGCAAUCACGUUUAUUUAAUACUUCAAUGAAUGUUGAAAGCGUUAAUGAUGAGCCAGUUCAAACGCCAACACAAUUAGUUGAUUUAUAUCAAAAAACACUUGAAUUAGCUACACAAGGAAAAAUCAAUAUUAAAAAUGCAUUUAGUAUUCCACUUGUUGAACGUUUACCACAAGUUUUAAAUGCUAUUGCACUUGAUGAUAAGGAACAUCAUCAUUUAGGACCGAACUUUGUCAAAGCUGGUUCGGUUAUCGAUACUAGUGCUAAAAUCUAUGGUUUUCGUGUUGAUGCAUUACACAACGAAACCCAGAAAUUAAGUGGAAAUAUUCUAAAUACCGACGAAGAACAAAAAGCAAAUGAUGGCGGCAAUACAGGCGAAAACCAGGCCGAAGGUGAUAACGAAAACAUGGAUUCUGAACAAACAGAUUCGAAGAAACCAUCUCGUCGUGUUAAAGCCAAAGCAACAUCAUUCGUUGUAACUGAUCUAUCUAAAAUAACACUCGAACACGAAUUUGAAUUUCGUCCAUUACAACCGCCAAACAUGUGCCAAUGGCGUGGUGGCAUUGGAAAAGAUUCUAUCUACGCUGAAAUGGUUUCCAAUACAAUGUAUUCGUCAAGCGAUUAUCCGUUGAUUGACGGUUUUACCAAUGCAAACAAUCGACCAGAAGAACAACAAACUAAAAUCGAUGCAAUUCUCAAUCAUACAGCAACAAAAAUGAUUGAUUUAGUCUCGUUACGUGAUGUUAUUAAAAUUAAUGAGACACACGAUCAUACUCUUGGAAAUCAAGCAUUACGGGAUUUUUCAUUCAAUGAAACUCCAAGUGAUUCAUUUAUUAAUACGAUCCAUGAAAGUUGUCUGGCGCAAAUGGAUGAAAGUGUUGACAAAUCAUCCUAUUCAAAUAAUGAUGAUGUGGACAACGACGAUGGAUAUAAUCAUGAUGAAUUAGUUCAUGCGGCUAUUGAAGACUUUAAUGAUGAUCCAUCGCAUACUAAUGAAGUUUUUAAAAAUGCAUUGAAUGAAUUGAGCAAUCAAGAUCCAUCAAGUAUGCAUUCGAAUUUAGGAAAUUAUCAAGCACAAGACUCAGCAGACUUAAGCGUUCCACCUCCAGAUGAAAUCCUGUCGGCAUCAUUUUUGAGUACAAUCUCAUUUGCUGAUCAAAUGCCAAAUUUAUUGCAUUCAAAAGAUGUUCAAUCGGAAUAUUCAUAUUUUGAUAUAACGAAACUCAAACUAUUUGCUGGACCUAAUAUAUGGAAAUAUACAAAUUUAAUUAAUACAGCUAAACUGGCGACCAUGGAUAAUUCAACUAUUCAACAGCAACAAGCACCAGCAACACGUCAAAGAAUUAAUAGCGAAACAGGAAACGCUUGUACAAGUGGUUCAAAACGAAGCAUGCGUGUCGAUGUUUUCAAUGCACUACCUGUGGAGAAAAUCAUGUCAGGAAUGAAUAACGGACGUGAUAAGAAGUCUGUUGGAAUAUCUCAAAGUGCACUUAUUUUACGUUUACGAGAAAAAUGCUUCAAUCAAAUGCAAUUAGCGAGAAAACUGCGACCAUUAACUGAUCUGAUUAAUUCACAUAAUUUUCCAGAAUUAAAUUUCGAAUGUUUACAUUUGAUCAAUCAACGUAGAGAAAGACAACUGGAAAAAAUUCAAGAUUAUCAUGAUCAAGAUGAUUUUGAUAAUGCUAAUUUUCAUGUUACUAUGGAACAUCAUGAUGAUGAAGAUAGUCCAAUGGUCGAAAUAAAUUACGAUUUUGUUCGUCCUGUGCAUUAUGAAAAAAUCGAAUUUGCUAAAGGUUCAACAUCAGUCAAUGCUAAAAUUUUAAAACGCCAAAUGAUAGAAGAAUUUACACGACAAAAAAUCGAAUAUCAACGUACAUUAUCACUUGACACAAGCACAACAAGUCAACAAUCAUCAGCAAAUAAUACGCUCCAACCAAUUGUUGAAUUUUCUAUUCUAUGCGAACAUCUUUCGGAUCAUGGUCAUUUAUCAUUACAAACAGACUUGGCAUCGGCAUUCUAUUGUAUGUUAAUUAAUUGUAAUGAAAAUAAAUUGUUUAUGAAGAGCACUUCGAAACGCGAUGAUUUAUAUAUACAAGACUGUCCAUUUACGGAUAGGCGCGAUCUUUCCACACUUUCUUACUCAUAUACAAGUAAUUCAAAUCUUUCUAUAGCUUCGCUUAUUGUUAAUUAA